AUGAGUGUAACUCAAAAAGAUAUAUCUGGGGAGGAAUCCUCAACGUUAUAUUCAUCACCAAAGACCACACAAUCGGACGGGUAUUCUGCAGAUGUGGCAGAAUCCAGGCUACAGGAUACCAACAACGGGGUUCAACAGCAGUUGAAAGGGACUAGGAAGGGAAGAAGUCGUGCUUUGCAAGGAUUGCUUGAGGAAGCAUGUAAGUAUCACUCACAGUAUGAAUACACUUUGCCCAGAGGGUUCCUAAGGAACAGGAGCCAACCUGGAAAAUCAUCACAGGAACUUGAGGAGGAUGAGUCUAUUGAUGAGAAAGUCGCAAGACCGAAAAGUACUAGGAAACGGUCAGAAUCGGUCAAGAGAAACAGUCCCUCAGCUGCUGGAAGGAGAAAACAAAGGAGUACAAGAAGUAAGUCAACUAGCCCCUCGAGUGAUUCUCCCGUACCUACGAAAAUUCAGAAUGAGAACGCCUUCGAGGCAGCAGGUAAUAAUGGCGUACGUCACAUCUCUAAGAACCAGGAAGUAACUUUUGUCAAGCAAGAUCAGGAACUCUUUAAUAUUCCUUACGAUAUGAUUGACAUUGAAUACUUGGAGCAAAAUGAGACAUACAAAGAUCAUCCACUGCCCUCUGCAUUUUUGACUGCUAAGAGACAUCAGAAUGAUAUAAGCGUCCUAACAGUGGCAUUGAAAUCUCCUUUGUUCUCAAAUUACUCUGAGGAAUACCAUAUAGACUUUUCGAAAGAUAGUCGAAUUUACAACCCAAUGAGCGAGUUGGGCAAGUUGAUUGAAUAUUCGGCAAUCAUUUUCCUACCAGCAGCUUAUGCUGAUACAGUGAAAAAAACCAUCAUCCCCGGUUUAAACAAGGCAUUUGAUACUUCAAAUGACGAAGAGUUUGCCGAGGUCAUUAACAAUUACAAUAAAAUACUCAAGCAAGUACCGCGAGGUGAAGUGAUUAAACACUUGGCACAACGAAAGAACGUUCCUCGUUCUUUUUUUCAUGAUUUUCUACACAUUGUCUACACAAGAAGCAUACACCCCAACUUUAGAAAACUGAAGGAGUACGAAGCAUUCAGCAAUUAUGUUUAUGGGGAAUUGCUGCCUUCAUUUUUAUCAGAAGUUUACUCGCAAUGCGGUAUGAACUCUGAAUCGGUCUUCAUGGAUCUCGGAUCCGGUGUGGGUAACUGUGUGGUUCAAGCUGCAUUAGAAUACGGUUGCAAGUUAAGUUUUGGCUGUGAAAUCAUGCCAAAUGCGAGUGCUUUGACCGAACUACAACAUGAAGAGCUUGUUAAACGGUGCAACUUAUUCGGUUUGAAACUACAUCCCGUGGAAUUCUCCUUGAGGAGAAGCUUUGUUGAUAAUAGACGAGUGGAUGAACUGGUACCACAGUGCGACAUUAUCCUUGUGAAUAAUUUUCUUUUCGAUAAUACUAUGAACCAGAAGGUUGAAGGCAUUCUACAAAAGGUGAAAACAGGCUGCAAAAUCAUAACGUUAAAGAACUUAAGGCCUUUCGGAUACACGAUAAAUUUCGAAAACGUCGACAGCAUAUUGAACAGACUACACGUUGAAAGGUUCGAAUUGAAAGAGAAUAGCGUUUCUUGGACUCAUAGAGGUGGUGAAUAUUUCAUUUCAACUGUUCUUCCUGACAUGGACGAAUCUCUAUUCGAUCCAAGCAUGCGAAAACGGAACAUCAAGAGACCUGCUCAUUAUACUCGCUGA